GGAGGCGGUGGAGGGUGGAAGUGUUAAGUCUCGGACCCCAGCUGUCUAGAGCCCUGCCCACUCCGUGCAGGGCUCCGAAGCCCAGCGUCGUCGGUCCCCCGCCAGCCCUCAAGAGGACCGGCUUUGCCGAGGCGCCGUAGUUCGGACUGUUUCCACCUAGUGCUAGGCCUGAAGCGCCUUCCUAGCUUACCUCACAGCAGCCCACUCGCCUCGCUUGGGGCCUGGGGAUCUUCCCCUCCGCGCCGGGUGCGCCCUAACCCACCUCCCAGUGCAGCCCUCCCUGCUUAUUUCUGGGAUCCAGCCCCAGAUUGGACUGGGAACCCACUCCGGUUGGGAUCUGAGAGGGCCUAUUGCAAUGGUUACAGCUCUGGCCUGAGCCUGUGGACAUCAUUUUUCUGGUUCUGCCGACUAUCUGCUGUGACAUUAGUCUAGCCUCUUUCCUUCCCUGGGCCUGUUCCUCUAACUGAUCUGCUGCUCCAUUAUUGAGUUAACGUCAGAGCUGCUGACGCUCUGCUGACCAACGCAGAAACAGCUCACACUCUUCUCUCCACUGACAGCAGAUUUUAGAUAAAGUCUUGAAGAAGAAAUUGGGGCCAGAGAGGGAAGUGAGGAAAAUCAGAUCCCAGGUCUUCGAGAAGGAGCUGUAAGAACAACACACCCUCCACCAUAGCCCGUCAGGCGGAAGGAGAAGGUUGCAUAAGAGGAAGCCUGUGGCAUCUGAUCUUUCUGGACUUGGAGCCAGCAGAGAGAUAUUUCCUCUGGAGCUGUGUCCCUUGGUUGCAUGCUUGGUUGAGAAGAGCCAGAGCUCACAGGCCUCCUAGGAUAACAGCCCCAAACAGGCUAGUGCCGCCCUCCAGCUGCCCAGGGGAUGUGGUUGUGAGGCAGAAUCCACAGACCCCGUGGGAAGAGGGCUCCGAGGGCAAUGGCCCAGGUCAGCAUCAACAAUGACCUUGGCGAGUGGGGUCUGAGCACGGACUCCGGGGAGCGGGCCCGUCUACUGCAGAGUCCCUGCGUGGACACAGCCCCCAAGAGUGAAGGGGAGGCGUCUCUUGAGAGUCUGGGCAGAGGCACCACUUCCACAAUUGGGGCCAUCUUCAUCGUCGUCAAUGCCUGCCUGGGUGCAGGGCUGCUCAACUUCCCGGCGGCCUUCAGCACUGCAGGGGGCGUGGCAGCCGGCAUCACACUGCAGAUGGGCAUGCUGGUCUUCAUCAUCAGCGGCCUCGUCAUCCUGGCCUACUGCUCCCAGGCCAGCAAUGAGAGGACCUACCAGGAGGUGGUGUGGGCUGUGUGUGGCAAACUGACAGGCGUGCUGUGUGAGGUGACCAUUGCCAUUUACACUUUCGGCACCUGCAUCGCCUUCCUCAUCAUCAUCGGGGACCAACAAGACAAGAUUAUAGCCGUGAUGGCAAAGGAGCCUGAGGGGGCCGGAAGCAGCUCCUGGUACACAGACCGAAAGUUCACUAUCAGCCUCACUGCCUUCCUCUUCAUCCUGCCCCUUUCCAUCCCCAGAGAGAUCGGCUUCCAGAAGUAUGCCAGCUUCUUGAGCGUCGUGGGCACCUGGUACGUCACUGCCAUCAUUAUCAUCAAAUAUAUCUGGCCAGAUAAAGAGAUGACCCCAGGGGACAUCCUGACUAGGCCAGCUUCCUGGGUAGCCGUGUUCAAUGCUAUGCCCACCAUCUGCUUCGGAUUUCAGUGCCACGUGAGCAGUGUGCCGGUCUUCAAUAGCAUGCGGCAGCCCAAGGUGAAGACCUGGGGUGGGGUGGUGACAGCCGCCAUGGUCAUAGCCCUCGCUGUCUACAUGGGCACGGGCAUCUGUGGCUUCCUGACCUUUGGAGCUGCUGUGGACCCCGAUGUGCUCCUAUCCUACCCCUCGGAGGACAUGGCUGUGGCUGUUGCCCGUGCCUUCAUCAUCCUGAGCGUGCUCACCUCCUACCCCAUCCUGCACUUCUGUGGGCGGGCGGUGAUCGAGGGCCUGUGGCUGCGCUACCAGGGGAUGCCCGUGGAGGAGGACGUGGGGCGGGAGCGGCGGCGACGCGUGCUCCAGACUCUGGUCUGGUUCCUGCUCACCCUGCUGCUGGCACUCUUCAUCCCUGACAUCGGCAAGGUCAUCUCAGUCAUCGGAGGCCUGGCUGCCUGCUUCAUCUUUGUCUUCCCAGGGCUGUGCCUCAUUCAAGCCAAACUCUCGGAGAUGGAAGAAGUCAAGCCAGCCAGCUGGUGGGCGCUGGUCAGUUAUGGUGUCCUCUUGGUCACCCUGGGAGCCUUCAUCUUCGGCCAGACCACAGCCAACGCCAUCUUUGUGGAUCUCUUGGCAUAACCACUGCCUCCCAGGCAACACAUGGCCUUUGCCACUGGACCCAGGAGCCCAUCUCUUAGAGUUGUGGGGUCACCUUGAGUCCAGCAUCAUUCCCAACCGCUGGUAGGAUGACAUCUGAACAUCCUUUUCCAAGAACAGUUCUGGAGUAAAAUCAGGCCUCACACCUCUGGACGGCUCAGACCCAGCUCCCCCUGCUCUCCAGUCCUGGCAGUGCCAGGAUGGAGGGAGGAGGUCUUGUAUCACAGAAGAACCUUCUCUGUCCUUCAACUCUCGACUUCACCUCUGAAAAACAUGGGUGAGGAGGAUCAAAACAUCUCAGAAAAAAGACCGCAGCCUGACUUUCCUUUGGAGAAAGUAUGGGCAAAGGGCCACUCGACAGAGCACCCUGUCCUGAGCAGGACCUGUGCUCAUUAUCCCGGGACUCAGUGCCUGCUCCAGUUGGGCAGCCGUUUGGCCAGCCAUGACUUCUCUGGGAUCUGGCAAUUUCCAAAGGUAGCACAAAAAUCAUACAGACGCACAGAGGUAGAUAGAGUCAUGCCUUGUCCACCCCCAGCCUGGGUCCAAAGUGAACCUGUAGACCUCUUUUCCGUGGCUAAUUGACAUCUCCCAAGACUUUGAGGCCUCACCCUCUUUCCCCAAAGCUGAGGGUCCAGGCAUCCCUCUCCUCCUCCAUCUCCAGACAUCAUCAAGUCUAAUGUUUACAAACGGUGCCAGCCCGGCUCUGACCCAAAGGACAGGGGCCGUCCCGUGCCACCACGGUGCUGUGAGUACUCCUCAGUUAGCUUUCCCCUUGGCAGGAAGUCUGUUUAUCUCACUCAGAUUCCAGAUGAGCCCCUCGUUUCUGUGGCACAGGGUGGGUAAGAGAGAAGGCUGGGAAUCUUUCAAACCCACGCAGGUUGGGCCGGUCAGGGUCCAGGUGAGCCUCUCUGUUACCUUCUCUUUCAGUGACUGCUUCUCUCUGCCUGCCCUCUGCUUCCCCUCUCCCCUGGCAACCCCAGCAGGAUAGCCCACAGAGAAGAAGAGCAGCUGAGUUGUCACUGACUGGGCAGCACUUGAGUGUAGUCACGCCGGUCUAGAAGUUUCCCUUCUGGUCCAGAUCUUGUCUGCUCCCUCCCCCCAGCAUUUCUUCAGCCCCUCCCCCAGUUUUCUAGCUCAGUCUCUCCUGCUCAUGUAACACUGGGGCAGGAGUUGUGCCCAACCCUCUCGUGUCAGCUUCCUCAGCUCCACAGGCCCACCAGACCUGGCCUCAGUGACCCAACACCGAGGUCACAUGUGGGUUGUACCCCAGGUGGGGUGAGGAGGGACACUCUUCUCCCAUUCUCAAUUCCCAGUUUUCCCUCCUUGGCUGUUCACUUUGACCAAUGCCAGGCAUUGAAUCAGGCCUCCUCCACCUGGAACUCCUAGAAUUUCCUUGGCCCUGCCUGCCCCAAACCUCUGUACGAGGGGUGAGAGGGACCCCCACCCCACAGCCCUCCACUCAGGGCAGUGAGACCACAGAAGCAGAGACUGGCCGCAGCCAGAUGGGUUCUGCUCAGGUCCUGGAGUGGAUGACUCACCUCUCUUCACAUCCCUCAGCCCCUCAGCCCCUGGAGCCAGACCCCCUGUGCUGUUUUCUCUCCGCCCCCUGCACAGCACCAGGUCCUUCCAGUGUCCAUCCAUGCUCAGUCAAGGGAUGGGGGUGUAAGGGGAGUCCUCGCACAGAAACAGACCCAUCAGGAAAAGGAGCUGGAAUCUGGCCAUGUGGCCUAAGCUCAGGAGCCCCCUGCCCUGCCCUCCCAGCCAGGGUAUUUUACUGUUUCUUUUCUACUUGUGCACAUUCAUACCAGAGAGGAUGGCUAAUAAAAAGAGACUGUGCUGCUGAGCUCUGUGGCCUAUGUCCAGUGCUGGGGACACAGUCCAGACCACUGACAGGAAGAAGGUAGGCUGGUGGAGAAGGGGUGGGGCAGGCACUUCUGGCUUCAUCGUCUUUGACCCCUGUGUCAGGGAUGAGUCCUGCUGUGUUCCCCUGACCAAGACGGGAACAUGCGAGUGGUUCUUGGUACCUCCCCUCUCUUCCACAUCCCAUCAGGCCCUGCCUGCCAACCUGGGGAUUUACCCUGGGCUCCUGUCCUUGGUUUAAGUCCUGCUUGUGUCUUCCCCGCUCCAUGUGGCCUCAGACUGGCCUCUGUGCUGCAUGUCUCUUGCCAACCUCACAUUUUGGGGUGAGCUUCCAACUCCUGAGCAUCCACCCUCAUCCUUUCAGAGGCAUGUGUUGAGCAGACCCUGGUUGUCCUGGUAGCGGAGCCAGGUACUGACUGCUCAGUGCUGGCAAGAAGGUAAACUCAGCAAAACAGACAGCGGCUCCACCCUCAGACCAAGUGGUCACACAAGUAUCUAUUUGCAAAUUGUGAUAUGUGCCAAGAGGAGAACAUAUAGAAUGUUCUAUUGGGAGACCUGAAGCUUGUCUGGGGAGUCAGGGAAGGCUUCCUGGAGGAAGUGACAUUUAAGCUGGCCCCUGAAUGAUGAGUAGGAAUGAACUAAAUGAAGAGAGGUGAGGAAACCUUUCCAGGCCAUGGGAACUACAUGUGCACUUGGUAUUGGAAGAACAUUGUCUGUGGGGUAUCGCCUGGAUGUGGGAGAGCAACAGGGAUGAGACUAGAGCAUUCUGGGGUGGUCUUCAGUGUCGCCCCUCUUGCCCACAGGGUAAAGUGUAACCAGCUCAUCUUCCACCACACUCCCUCCCUCCCUCCUGAUGCGAGUGGGGACUCUCUCCAGGGAGAAAAUACUUCUGAAGUGGCCUAGUACUUUUGAGGGCUGGAGGAGUGAGACAGCUUUGGGCCGCGCUUCACGGGAGGACUAGGGGACGAGAAGUUGAGGUUUGGUUUCACUUUCUCUGAACAAAGAGAAGGAAAGGUUACAUCUAUGCUAAAGGCCAAACACCAGAUUCAUCAUUUGUUCGUUAUAUUCAAGACUUUGCUCGUGUCGUGUCGUCCCCAUACUUGUAGGCACUUGAUCACAUCUCCCCGUUGCACUGUAAGCUCCAUGGGAGCAAGGGCAUAUCUCCUGUUAAAAAACAA